GUCUGUCAACUGAGUAUUCUUAACCCGGGAAUUCCUUGGAAUAAAAUGCAAUGGUACUAUCACUAUAUGGAUAUGUAGAAAGUGCAGCCUGCAACCUCUUUUAUGCCCCCCCACAGCUUACCAGGUUGUGCUAGUGGGGGAAUUAAAUGGAUGUGUAAUGCCUUAUUUCGCUCCUUAAAACUUGUGAUCCCUGCCUCCCGGAACAGACCCUGGCUAUUCCCACUUUUGGAGCUCAUCCCUUGACACACCAAGCAAAGCUUGAUGAUGUCCUCAAGGUGACAGGAGCUGCUCUGCCCUUCUCUAUAUCAGAUUCUCUUAGCUGGUCUUCAGAAACGCACCUCCUUACUUUUCCCUAUCUGUCAUUGGCAGAAUGAAGGGUGGAGUUAUGAAAACAUUAGCUUCCAAAUGCCUUAUCUUAGACACAUUCUUAUACAGUACUCAGGCUUUCAACCCAGAUGCAGGAAUUAGAAGAAGAAGAAGAAGGAGAAAGCAAGCAUUUAUUUCAGCUCCCCCCUCCAUUCCUGCAAACUAUAGAAAUACUGUCAGCGUAAUUGAAGCCCUGCUGAGUCUUUCCAGGGAGGAGAUAUUUGGAUAAGGAGAAAAUAUUCUUUGCUUUGAAGUGGCAUUGGGGCCUGCAGCUCUCUGAAUCCCAAAUCAACAUGGAAAGCAUUGGAGACCUUGGAAUUGGAAUCGAAACUCAACUGGGAGAUGCCAGUUUUGGGAAAGUGGCCUUAGAGGUAGCCACACGUGAAGGACCUGGCCAUGGAGAGGCGGAGACAAGGGAAUGCGUUUAUUACAAUGCCAACUGGGAAUUGGAGAAGACUAACCAGAGUGGAGUAGAGCGCUGUGAAGGCGAGAAAGACAAGCGCCUCCAUUGCUAUGCAUCCUGGAGAAACAACUCUGGUUCCAUUGAACUAGUGAAGAAAGGAUGCUGGCUUGAUGACUUCAAUUGUUAUGACAGGCAGGAGUGUGUGGCUACAGAAGAGAGUCCUCAAGUAUUUUUCUGCUGCUGUGAGGGGAAUUACUGCAAUGAAAAGUUCACUCACUUACCUGAAGUUACUGGCCCAGAAGUGGUAUACGAGCCACCACCUCCGACUCCCUCCCUACUCAACAUUCUGGUUUAUUCCUUGCUUCCCAUCAUUGCCCUCUCGAUUGCCAUCUUGCUGGCUUUCUGGAUGUAUCGUCACCGCAAGCCACCAUAUGGACAUGUUGAUAUCAGUGAGGACCCAGGACCUCCACCUCCUUCUCCACUGGUUGGACUUAAGCCAUUGCAGUUGUUAGAGAUCAAGGCCAGGGGACGUUUUGGCUGUGUCUGGAAAGCACAGUUGAUGAACGACUACGUGGCAGUGAAAAUCUUCCCCAUACAGGACAAACAAUCCUGGCAAAGUGAGAGGGAGAUUUUUAGCACCCCAGGAAUGAAGCAUGAAAACCUUCUGCAGUUUAUUGCAGCAGAGAAGCGAGGAACAAACCUGGAGACAGAAUUGUGGCUGAUCACAGCUUUCCAUGAUAAGGGCUCUUUGACUGACUAUCUGAAGGGGAACAUUAUCAGCUGGAAUGAACUCUGCCAUGUGGCAGAAACCAUGGCGCAUGGGCUCUCAUAUCUGCAUGAAGAUGUUCCUUGGUGUAAAGGGGAAGGACACAAACCUGCUAUAGCACACAGAGAUUUCAAGAGCAAAAACGUAUUGCUGAAGAGUGACUUAACAGCCGUGCUCGCUGACUUUGGACUGGCUGUACGAUUUGAACCUGGGAAGCCUCCAGGAGAUACCCAUGGACAGGUGGGAACAAGAAGAUACAUGGCUCCUGAGGUGUUAGAGGGAGCAAUUAACUUCCAGAGAGAUGCCUUCCUAAGAAUAGACAUGUAUGCAAUGGGACUGGUAUUGUGGGAGCUGGUCUCCAGGUGUAGAGCAGCUGAUGGUCCAGUGGAUGAGUACCUGUUGCCUUUUGAAGAAGAAAUAGGCCAGCAUCCAUCUCUUGAAGACCUACAGGAGGUGGUAGUUCAUAAGAAGAUGCGUCCCGCAUUCAAGGAUCAUUGGCUUAAACAUCCUGGUUUAGCACAGUUCUGUGUCACAAUUGAAGAAUGCUGGGACCACGAUGCAGAGGCACGGCUAUCGGCAGGUUGUGUGGAGGAACGCAUUUCUCAGAUACGCAAAUCAGUCAAUGGCACUACCUUAGACUGCCUUGUUUCCAUCGUGACCUCUGUCACCAAUGUGGACUUGCUGCCCAAAGAGUCAAGUAUCUAAAUCCUUGUUUGCCUUUUUUU